CACUCCUGCGCUCUCGAAAAUAGCUGAAGCUUGUCUUCGUCACCAAGCAGAGCCUGCAAUAUCCGGCGGAGGACUCUCGUGGCUUCGCUGAGUCAUGAUUCCACCGAAGCUAGCAUAGUCACGUAAAUUCAUGUACAUGCGAUCCAACCCAUACCAGAUCUACACAAGCUUCCCAUUCGAACAGUCAUCUUGCAGUCGAAGCUCGCACAUGUCUGAUCGACCUACCUGAGUCUGCAGUACCAUGGCGCAGACAAGAUGCCGAAUGCGUCGACCAAUUGCUGGACUUGCAAGCAGCGCAAAGUCGGCUGUGACCGGGCUCUGCCAACCUGCAUCAACUGCAAAAAGGGUCAACGAACCUGUCAGGGUUAUGGGCUUCGCCUUGCCUGGCCUGAUAAGCAAGACGGACGCCGCAAGCAAAAGCGAUAUGAGGUGAACGAUCAAGAUGUCGUCACCAAUUACCUUCCUCAAAGAGAUGGAUGUUUUACCUUUCUUAACACUGUGGUCGAAGAUCUUGAUGGCAGCAGACUGUGUGUUACAGAUCUCAUCAACGGCGAGUUGGUCAGCAUCAUGUCGAAUGCGAUCCCGAUAUCAAUCAACCCAAUCUCAGUCAGUGAGCAGAACGGCAUGUUGCUCAAUCACUAUGAUUUGGAGAUAGCUCGGAUAACAACCACUAUUGACGAUGACUCGAACGGCUUCCGCUUAGCACUGAUCCCAAUGGCACUUUCUUCACCAGAUCUGUCCGCUCGAAGCAUUCUCCACUCCACUCUCGCCAUUGCUUGCUACCAUCUCGGUCGCCCGCAGCAGGCACUGAAGUAUAAGUUCCGAGCGAUCAAAGACCUGAGCGACAGCUUCGCCAACCUGUCAAUUGAGACUGUGGACUGUGCAUCCAAGACCAGACACUUUGCAGCCUGUAUGAUGCUGUGUGUCUACGGAGUCUUCGACGAGUCCGACACCGCGUGGUACAUGCAUCUUGAAGGGGCAAAAUCCGUCUACAAUACGAUCCCCGAGACUGUGAAAUCUACUGCUGGCUUUGAGUUCCUCAAGCCGUGGUUCCAGUAUCAUUACAUCUUCAGCCAGUACACCUACCCAGCGCAAGUGGCGAACCCUGAGAUCUCGCUGCCAUCUAACACGUCCGAGAAUCGAAAGAUCAUUGGAGUACUGGGGUGCUCGACCGAAGUGCUCCAUCUGAUAGGAUGUACAAAUCAGCUACAAGCAGCAAAGCCUGCCGUGAGUCCUGCUGGCACUGCUGGAAAUCCCUCAUUAACUGUCCCCUGCGAGCAUUUCGGGAUACUUUCUCGAAUUGAGAACCGUCUGCUGAACUUGGAGCAAAAGCUUCUCAUCCAGCCUGGCUCAACAUCUGGUAUCAUCAACGACACGCGCAUCACUUUCACCGCAGAAUUGUACAGAAUUGCUGCAGUACUCUACUUUUACCAGACUGCCCCCACGACCUUCGUCCCUGCAAGCAAUCCCCAGCACUCUCUACGCAACGGUUUGAAUAUCCUAUGGGAGAUGAAGAUCUGUAGCAGCCCUUGGCCCCUCUUCAUCUUAGCCUGCAGCGUCACCGAAGACGAGGAUCGCAUUCGAAUACUGGACCUGAUGGAGACGAGUGGGGCAAGGAGGCGCAUCGGAAACUACAGCAUCAUCAUCAAAUUGGUCAAGGCUGUGUGGAAGAGACAAGAUCUCGUCAGCGACGAGAAAGCGAAGAGGAAUGUUGAUUGGCGGGACUUAGUUGAAAAAGGUAGCUACAUGCCUUCGUUCAUCUAAUGACGAGAUUUUACCACAAAGGGUUGCGCUCUCUCCUUGAUGCCAUAGGCUUCAAC